CUAGCUAGUUAGUUAGUUGUAAACACUGAAUGUGUGACAUGUUUAAGUAACUUCACUGCCCUUGAACUUUGUGACAGAUUUCACACUGAGAUAUGACACGAAUAAAGACACAUGGACAGAGAGAUGCGGGGUGUUAAGUGAACGUAAAUGCCUGUUUUGCCAACUCUACAUACCACCUGCCCAAUCAUGGUGAGGAUUUUCCAAAGAACGCUAAAUCUGAGGGCAGCUCUCAGACAUCUAAGCCCUCAUAGCACCUUCUCACCUACAGCCACAGCCAGACUUUCACAUGUGGGACUCCGCAGUCCAUCUCUUCCCGCCACCUCGAGGCAGAUUGGAGUCCGCUGUCAAAACCUGCACACAGGGGCAGAUGGGCCCAGGCCGUCCCCCGCUGCAGUGCCGGACAGGCUGCCUUUCUCCACAAUAACCCAGGAUGAUUUGGCCUUCUUCAGGAAGAUCCUACCAGGCAGAGCCAUCACUGACCCGGACCUGCUGGAGUCGAGUAAUGUGGAUUGGCUCAAGUCAGUGAGAGGUUCCAGUGAAGUGUUGCUGAGACCUCAAUCAACAGAGGAAGUUUCUCAAAUUCUCAAGUAUUGUAACAGUCGUAAUCUGGCGGUGAACCCUCAAGGAGGAAACACUGGGCUGGUUGGGGGCAGCGUGCCAGUUUAUGAUGAGAUCAUCCUCUCCACCGCUCUCAUGAACAACAUCCUGACCUUUGAUAGUAUCUCUGGCAUUCUGACCUGUCAGGCAGGUUGUGUUUUGGAGAACUUGUCCUGUUACCUGGAGGAGAGAGACUACAUCAUGCCACUUGAUCUGGGGGCAAAAGGCAGCUGCCACAUUGGGGGAAACGUGGCAACCAAUGCAGGUGGACUCCGGCUGCUGCGAUACGGCUCCUUGCAUGGCACUGUGCUGGGUCUGGAAGUGGUGUUGGCAGAUGGGCGAGUGCUGGACUGCUUGGCCACCCUGCGGAAAGAUAAUACAGGAUACGACCUCAAACAGCUCUUCAUCGGGUCCGAGGGCACCCUGGGGGUCAUCACUGCAGUGUCCAUCCUCUGUCCACGCAAACCCAAGUCUGUCAAUGUGGUUUUUCUGGGCUGCGAGACCUUUGAGCAGCUGCUGAAGACGUUUCAGCUCUGCAGAGGCAUGCUGGGAGAAAUUCUGUCAGCUUACGAAUUUCUGGACAGUGAAUGUAUGAGGCUGCUGAAUACGCACCUCAAACUAUCCAAUCCCAUCUCUGAUUGUAAAUUCUACAUCGUCAUAGAAACAUCUGGAUCCAACCCACAACACGAUGGAGAGAAACUCCACAAUUUCUUAGAGGAGGCGAUGACGUCUUCUUUGGUUACUGAUGGGACUGUGGCAACAGAAGACUCAAAAAUAAAGGCUCUGUGGUCGAUGCGUGAACGUAUUACGGAGGCAUUGACUCACGAUGGAUUCACUUACAAGUAUGACAUCUCACUUCCGGUGGAGCAGAUCUACCAGCUGGUGACAGACAUGAGGGAGCACCUGGGGGACCGGGCAAAGAGUGUGGUGGGGUACGGACACGUAGGAGAUGGAAACCUCCACCUGAACAUCGUCUCUCCUGCCAAAGACCCCGCUCUCCUCGCUGUCAUCGAGCCCUUCGUCUAUGAGUGGACGGCCAGCUGUCACGGCAGCAUCAGCGCAGAGCACGGCCUGGGCCUGAAGAAGAGGAACUACAUCUACUACAGUAAACCCAACCAGGCUGUGGCUCUGAUGGGUGAUAUCAAGGCCAUGCUGGACCCAAAAGGCAUCCUCAACCCGUACAAGACUUUACCAGAUAACCUUAAAUAACCCGCUGUGGACUGCAGGUGGUAACGUAUACCGAGCUCAUGCAGGAGCUUGAUUUUAGCUACAACUUUAUUGCCACAUGGGUUUUUUUAUGGCAGCGUGUGCCCUUUCCUGUCGUACCUUUUUCAAGCAUUUAGUGCAGAGCUGCAGCUUUUGCAGCCAUUUGUCAAGUUUCUCCAAAACUGUAAAAACUAGUUUGACUGUCAUCUGCAGGAAGCAUUACUUUCAGAAUGACAUCCACUCCAACGAGCUGCCCACUUUGUACUGUCGCUGUCUCUUACGAACUACCUCUGCUGCUCGAUUACAGAGUAGCUGUAGUCUGAGCCGGACCACAGAAUAGCCGACAAGUUUUAGAUGUUAAGAUGAAGUAUGGAUGAAAAGCACAGAAUAUAUUUUUAGGCAGCGAGUGAAUGUGAAUGAUCAGAACUGACACCUGUGGGCAUUGGUGUGCAUACUAGUCACCACUAGGGGGCAGACAGGAAAUGAGAGUGAGUAUAGUAUUGCCUGGUUAUACCGUAUAAGGUCUUGUGCCCUUUAAAAUUUUGAAAGACUGAAGGCUACAAUCUGUGAUUUGAUUGGUGGACAGCUCUAUUUGUGUGAGAGUCCAGCAUUGAGACACCCCUCCUGGAAAAAGGGUUUCUGACAGCUGUGCAGGGCGAUGCAUUGCUCUCCAUCUGCAGGUUGUUGCUUUAAAGGAAAGAUUGCAAUUUUCAAGCCUGCCUUAAAGCAGUCGUGAGGUUCCCAUAUGAACAGUGAAACAGACGCUGCUUGCUGUUUUCAGUCCUCCUGCACAUACAUUUCUCUGGCAGUGUUUCCUUGUUGAGCUGCAGUGGAGGGAGGGCUGCUAAACAAGUGAACUUUGUACUAAAAAAAAACUCUGAAUCCUCAGAAUAACUUCUGCGUAAAGUUAGGAAACAUUAUUACUCAGAAUGAGGACUGUGGCUUUUGUCCCCAUCACUUGCAUUGUAAUCACAUUAGACAGAGAUAACCAGCCAGCAUGAACCGGAGGAAUGAUCACAGCAAGAAAAACCUGCUUCACUGUUCACACAGGCAUCUCACUAUUGUUUGACUUAGGGCCAAAAAUGUGAACCUAUGAUAAAUACACUUUAAACACUUUAUAUUAAGGUACACAAAUUCACCAUGAAGUAGAUGAUUAUUAGCAGACAUAUUACAAGAAUAUUUGCCCUUUAUUAGUUGUUAUAAAGCUCUUAUUGAUGCCUACCUUCAUAUAAAGUGUUGCCUUUAAAUUAGUAUUUGUGGAAAUACACUCAGUUGCCAGUUUACUAGGCACACCUAGCCAAAACUAACAGACUUACACAACAGUCCUGCAAUGAAUCCUCUCUUCCUAAUGGUUGUAAUGUACAUGAAACUGCUGUGUGGCACCGUUGAACUAUAUUGUAUUAUAUGUAGUAAGGUUUUUCUUUUACUUAGCCUCAUUGGGGUGAACAAAAUGAUACAAUCUGUCAGUGUAACGCAAUACAAUUCAACAGCACCGCAAACUGCAUCCUUCAGAAUGACCAUAAAGUUGAAUCAACACUGUAACAGUGAAGCAAAACAAAAACUUUUUUGCAGGACUGCUGAAUAAGUUUCAAUAAGAUGGACAUAAUAAACUAGCAACUGAGUGUACAUGUCUGAAAUCAUAACACAGGCCGGUUAAUCAAUCGGUAAGAGUGCAGUAAAUGUUUUAUUACAUAUAAAAGAGACAAAGCAACAUUUUUUUCCCCCAAAACAAACAGUUGUGACAAAUUCAUCUGUAACCGCACACCUGGGCAACUUUGUCUGUUUAAAAUGAAUCUUGAAUAAAACUGAUUCUAAAUGCAGGUGGAGUGUUUUUCUUGUUUUUCAGGCAGCUUGUACAUUGCGGCACGAUGGUAGACGAGAGGAG